AUGGCGAGCGGACAAAGGGGAAGAUUGCAAGACCUGUCGAAUAACCAGUUAAAGGAACUAUUACGUGAUCGCGAUCUCGCAGUAUCUGGCGGUAAGGCCGAACUGAUUGCACGUUUGUUGCAAGCCGAUCCGGAUUGUGAGAAUUCUCUUCCGUCGAGUGCGGGAACGGUCGAGAAUGCGGCACCCACGAGUGGCCCGACGGUCGCACCUUCUGGGAUCACCUGGGAUUCGCAAAUCUGUAUGCAGAUGAUGGAGAUGAUGCGUGCGGAGAUGCGAGCCAUGCAUUGCGAGCUAGAGGCACAACGCGAACAGAAACGAGAGGGACAGCGCGAGCGAAAUUUACAACGCGAUCGAGAGGCGCAGUCUACACAAUUCGCUGAGAGUGUUAACGGUGCGCUUUCAAUGCACCCGACGAUCGGAAUCAAAACGAUUGCUGAUCUUUUGGUUGAAUUUGCGGCUGGACCUGAAGAUGAUUUUGGUAACUGGAGACAGCAAUUGGAAUUAUUGCGAGACACUUACCGUUUGGACGACAAUAGCGCCAGAAUUUUUAUGAGCUUACGUUUGCGUGGAAAGGCUGCGAAAUGGUUUCAUUCAAAGCCCAAUCACUUGAGAAUGAGGGUUGCGGAUCUCCUCAACGAGCUGCAGCGCGUUUUCGACAAUCGGCCGAAUAAAGCAGCAUUGCGUAAGGAGUUCGAGAAAAGAUCGUGGCACAAAGACGAAUCUUUUGGCGAGUAUUAUUUCGACAAGGUUACGUUGGCGAACAAAGUCACCAUCGACCAGGAAGAACUAGUCGAUUUCAUAAUUGACGGAAUCCCGGAUGUCCGAUUGAGAGGUCAGGCAAGAACGCAUCGCUUCAAGAAACCCGAAGAUUUGUUGGACGCGUAUAGAAAUAUUUCAUUUUCCGAGCCAACCAGAAACGAUCGAGACCGCAGGGAGGUGAGGAAACCGUGGAUUUUGAGGACGACGCAGACGGAAGAAGCACCUAUACGUACGAGGGAAGUACCAGCCAGUGCAAGGGAAACGCCAGUACGCGCGAGGGAGGCUCGUUGUUAUAAUUGCAGCGAGACGGGCCACACAAAAAGAGACUGUCCGCGACCACAACGCGAAUGGGGCUCUUGUUUCCGUUGCGGCAGUGUGGAGCAUCGUGCAAGAAAUUGCACACAGGAUACCGCGACGAGGAGCACACACAGGCCGGGGACGUCUACAACGGUGGAAACGUCUACGCGCCUGAUUCAGCCGACUUCUCCUGGUGUCCCAUUUUUGGUACCAAUAUCGUUUGUUAUGCCCGGAGGUAACGGAGAAAAUACGAAGUUUGUUAUUAGCGCUAUGAUCGAUUCAGGAUCUCCCGUAAGUUUAAUUAAGUCAAAUUUAUUGCCCGCCGGUUUAUAUUCCACAAACUCGCGAGAUGAGCAUUCGUAUCAGGGACUAAACUAUUCUCCGGUAAAAGUUUUGGGCGUGUUCGAAAGAAUGGUCGCUGUCAAUGACGUUUCGAUGGAAAUAAAAUUUUUUGUAGUUCCGGAUCAAACAAUGCCGUGCGCUGCUAUUCUCGGACGAGAUUAUAUAUUAUCGCCAUUAAUAAAUAUUACUUUAGGUCGUCGAUUUAAGAUUGAAAAAGCUAGUUCGGUUUGCCCUGAAAGCGAAGCCGAUAAUUUUGUUGGUCAAAUUAUGCAAAUCGAGUAUGUUAAAGAACCCGAGAGUAUAGCCGAAACAUUAAAUAUUGAUCCCGAAAUAGACUUCGAGACGUCAUUGAGGAUCAAACGAAUUUUUCACGACGAGAUGUGCGCGCCGCGCGAUUUGAAUUUUUCACUGAAUGAUAUCGAACUCGUGAUCACAGUCAAGAGUGAUCAGCCGGUAUGUUUCCGUCCGCGACGUUUAGCCUUCGCCGAAAAGGAACAGUUGCGUAAAAUUUUAGACGAUUUGUGCGAACAGAAAAUCAUACGACCGAGUAAUUCGCCGUACGCAAGUCCUAUUGUGUUGGUACGGAAAAAGAAUGGAGAAUUGCGUCUCUGUAUCGAUUACAGAGAAUUGAAUAAAAUUACGAUCAAAGACAAUUUCCCGGCGCCUUUUAUCGACGAUUGUUUGGAUCAGCUGCGGGGUAGAAAGUAUUUUUCGAAACUCGAUUUAAAAAACGGUUUUCAUCACGUGAAGGUUUCCGAAUCGUGUAUUAAAUAUACAUCUUUUGUUACCCCCUUGGGACAAUUUGAAUACCUUAGAAUGCCUUUUGGGCUUACUAACGCCCCACGUGUUUUCCAGAGGUAUAUUAAUUCUAUAUUCUCCGACUUAGUGUAA